UUUUUUAUUUUUUUAUUUAUGUUUAUAUCUUUCUUUUCUCAUAUAUAAAAAUGGUCAUUAAGAAGCCCAACACACAGAUCAAACUCACAAACGUUUCCAUCGUUCGUCUCCGUAAAGGUGGCAAGCGUUUUGAAAUUGCCUGUUACAAGAACAAAGUCAUGGAAUGGCGUUCCAAUGUUGAAACAGAUUUAGAUGAGGUUUUACAAAUUCACAAUGUCUUUUUCAAUGUGUCUAAAGGUCAAGCCGCCAGUAAAGAGGACUUGAACAAGUGCUUCAAAACCGAGGAUUUAGACACGGUUAUUCAAGAAAUCUUGAAGAAGGGCGAACUUCAAGUAGCAGAAAAGGAAAGAACCGAUCAAUUAGAGACGACAUGGAAGGAUAUUGCCAACAUUGUGACAGAUAAUUGUGUCAACCCUCAAACCAAACGUCCUUACACCGUCACCAUGAUUGAAAAGGCCAUGCAGGAUCUCCAUUUGAGUGUGAAUCCCAAACGUAGCACCAAGUCACAAGCAUUAGACGUCAUUAAGCAGUUGCAGGAGAAACAAUUAUUACCCAUCCAACGUGCUCAGAUGCGUUUGAGACUGACAUUACCUCAAUCCAACGAAACAAAGAAACUCAGGGAAAAGAUUAUACCUUUGGUAACCUCCAUUGAAGAUGAAGAUUCCGGUGCUGCAGAAUAUGAAUUGAUUGCUUUAGUUGAUCCUGGUAAAUACCGUACAAUUAGUGACUUGUUACAGAAAGAAUCAAAGGGAAAAGGUCAACUGGAAAUCAUGAAUUUAAGGGAAAAGGAAGAAGGUGACGAAAGAUUCUAAAAAUA